CAAGAAACAUAAGAAAAAAGGAAAUACAGUCAGUUUCCUUGCGCGUGUUCCUAUUAAAUUGACCGACUAGACUCCUCUGCAUCCCGGUUUGUUGAGGUCACUCGUCGACCCGCUUUGAAAUAUUCUUGCUGCUCAUAAUAGCGAUCUUGCUCGUCCGAGAAUCUCCCCCCACCUCUGUGCUAUCAAACCGGAUACGAAAAAUCAAAGACGUAAACUUUCCAUCUUAACCACAUCGCUCUCUGUCUCUCUCUCUCUCUCUAGGCAACAGCAGACCUCUCAACUGAUAAAAAUCUUCCCUCUCUCUGUGCGCAACGAGACAGGACGGUGCUGGAGGAUCCCAUGGCUCUCUCUAAGCAACCCAACCGAGGAUUUGCGCACAUCCCAGAAGCCGCUGACACGUUCUUUUCUCCCCUUUCUAAUCCUCGCCUCUCAUGUGUCUCCCACCCCAUCUUGAUUAGGUGAGCUCUCAACCUCUGUGAAUCGGAAACUGCAUGCCAAAGGCGUUGAAUUUCUUCCCAGCGGGUUUAGUUCUCUCUGUUGUCACCGGUGGGAGGUCCCAUUCCGCCUGUGGAGAUUUUUCAGCGCCUGUCAUCGAGAGUUCCGUUGAACGCGGCUCUCGCGCUCAAUCAUGCUCUGCUUUUGCUUCGAGCUGAAUAAAAAGAUCGCGGGCGAUGGGUUAAAUUGAUGGGCUCACCAUGGAGGGUUCGUCUCAACAACCCAUUUAAUUUGGUGAGGAUGGGUCAUCGAAACGGGGCUGUGUGCCGGAAUCUGGUUCUGUUUGCUGGGUCUUUCUGGGUCUCCUUCGCGUCUCUGUUCAGUACUCUGUUCUGCGUUGUCAACAAGUUCCUGAGACACGGAGAACACGGGAUCCCUCGCAAGAAAUUGAAUGAAAAUCCAGAUACCGGAGGAUCAAUUGCUGCCGCCACUCAUGUGCAGGAAGAUAAUAGCCCAAUUUGUUCAGGGCCAGAGGAAGCAGCGGAUGAUGUUGCCGAAUGCGAGGGUUCGUUGUUUGAUAAAGUUACCGAUGAAAGCCCACCGAAGUUCUUGUCAUUCAAGUUUCGGACUUUUGAAGAAUUCGCCAAGGACAGCGCAAGUGGCGAUGAUUCCACUUUCCGGGAACAGAAUUUCCUAUCUGAAUCGCUUUCCAAGAGGAAUUUCAGAGAGGAAACAGAGGAUUUGAGUUCCCCUGUGGAGGACUCGAGAAUUGAUUCCAGAAUAGAUUCUUUUUCUGACAAAUUCAAUUGGGCGUUCGAGUUUUCGUCCAGAAAAGGCGCUGUCAAAGAGCUAGAGGAACCAGAAUUUGUUCAUGAAGAAAAAUCUGAUCUUGCGCAAGAGAACGUCAACACGGAAAACAGAGCAUGGAUCAAGGAGGGCCUUUUUUCGCAGGAAGAAGUGCUAAAGAAGCUCAAGAGCAAUUUGAUUGAUGAUAAAGAUGCUUCUGAGAAAUUCCAGCUCCUUUUAGAGAGAGACUUGCUCUUUUCGGACACGGACUCAGACUCCAUGAGCUCGAGCCAUGAUUUCUCGAUCAUGAGCCGCUUAUUGGAUUCCAACAGCGAUGAUUUCUUUUCAGAGAGAGAUCUCGAUGAGUUUCAUGAGCAUCAAGAUGUGAACGUUGCCAAUGACGAAGACGAUGAGAGCAUCAUGAAAGAGGUCGAAGAACUCGAACGGUCGGAGAAACAAUCACAUGACAAGGACCGUGAAAGUCCCAAGCUUGAAGAAUUCGAAGGCAAAGAGGGCGCAGAGGAUAAGGGCUAUGACAAACCCGGUUCAGAGGACAACUCUGAAUUGGACGGCGAGGGCUCGAGCUGUGACCUCUUGUGGGAGCAUCAAGACUUGAUAGAGCAGCUCAGGAUGGAGCUGAAGAAGGUGAGAGCCACUGGCCUGCCCACGAUCCUCGAAGACUGCGAGUCCCCCAAAAUCACGGAGGACUUGAAGCCGUGGAAGAUCGACGACAAGUUCCAGCGCGAAGAGAAGAUGGGCGAGCUCCACAAGAUUUACCGGAGCUACCGUGAGCGCAUGCGCAAGCUCGACAUCUUAAAUUACCAGAAGAUGUACGCACUAGGUUUUCUCCGGUCAAAGGACCCGCUUAAGUCGCUCUCGAGCCACAAAUCUACGGGCCCAGCGAUCACGUCCCUUCUGUCGCUGAGCUUUAAGUUGUGCAGGGAGAAGAAAUCCGAAAAUGACCCGACUAUGAAGUUCAUUAGGGAACUGCAUAGCGAUUUGGAGAUAGUGUAUGUUGGGCAAAUGUGCCUCUCUUGGGAAUUUCUUCACUGGCAAUAUGUGAGGGCUCUAGAGCUAUGGGACUCGGACCAGUAUAAUCUGCGCCGAUACAAUGAAGUCGCUGGAGAAUUUCAACAGUUACAAGUGCUCAUGCAGAGAUUUCUGGAGAACGAACAAUUUGAAGGCCCAAGGGUGCAAUAUUACAUCAAGACUCGAUGCCUUCUGCGCAAUCUCCUGCAGGUCCCUGUAAUUAGAGAGGACAGUUUGAAAAACAAAAGGAUGGCGAGAUUAAAAGGGAAAAGUGACUACACCAUCCAUAGCGACGAGCUGAUAGAGAUCUUAGAAGAGUCUAUAAGAAUAUUUUGGGGAUUUAUCCGAGCAGACAAAGACUCGAGCACUGCUGCUCAAAAGAAUCGAAAGAGAAGCCAACCGGAACUUCAGAAUCCUGCGGAUUUGGAAUUGUUGACACAGGUCCAAGCGAUGCUUCAAAAGAAAGAGAAGAAACUGAAAGAGCUCUUGAAGGGUGGAAAUUGCAUAUUGCGAAAGUUUAAAAAGCAUCAAGAAGAGACCUCGGACCAAGUCCUGUGCUUUUUUUCUCAAGUGGACAUGAAGCUGGUGAGGAGAGCGUUGAGCAUGUCGAGAUUAACGACUGACCAAUUGACUUGGUGUAGCAGCAAGUUGAGCAAGAUCGUGUUCGUUCACCGGAAACUACACAUAGAGCCCUCGUUUUCGCUUUUCCCAUGUUGAUAUAUAUAGAAGCAUAGCAAUUUUACCACUUUUGUAGCUAGAUCUCUGAUAUUAGUUGGGCACAAGUUAGAAGAAUGUUCUUGAGAUUUUUUUUACCCCAUGUACAGCUUCUGUAAAGGGCAAUUAGAAAGGAAAUUCUUUCUAUUGAGAGAAAAAUAUUUGGUCAAAA